UACGCUGUGCGUGGAGGCCGUGGGCGGAGCUGGACGGUCGGCGAGCCGCCUGGUGGUAGCGUGACUGAUUUCUGCUGUCCGCUCAUCGUACAGCCAGAGAAACGCUUCGGAAGCCGGUGCAACGAUGUCAGACGACGAGCAGCAAGAGCAGACCAUCGCCGAGGACUUGGUCGUGACCAAGUACAAGAUGGGCGGUGACAUCGCCAACCAUGCGCUGAGGGUCGUCAUCGAUGCUGCCAAACCAGGAGUUUCAGUUCUCAGCCUCUGUGAGAAAGGAGAUGCUUUCAUCAUGGCAGAGACUGGGAAGAUCUUUAAGAAGGAGAAGGACACGAAGAAAGGCAUUGCGUUCCCCACCAGUGUGUCAGUCAAUAACUGUGUCUGCCACUUCUCUCCCCUGAAGAGCGACCCUGACUACACGCUGAAAAAUGGAGAUUUGGUCAAAAUUGAUUUAGGAGUACAUGUCGACGGCUUCAUCUCCAACGUGGCCCAUAGCUUUGUUAUUGGAGCUACUAAGGAAGCACCUGUGACAGGAAGGAAGGCUGAUGUCAUCAAAGCAGCACACCUGUGUGCGGAAGCAGCUUUGCGUCUCGUCAAACCCGGCAACCAGAACACUCAAGUAACAGAGGCCUGGAAUAAGAUUGCUCAGUCAUUCAAGUGCAAUCCAAUUGAGGGUAUGCUGUCCCAUCAACUAAAGCAACAUGUUAUUGAUGGAGAAAAGACCAUUAUCCAGAACCCUACAGAUCAGCAAAGGAAGGACCACGAGAAGGCAGAGUUUGAAGUUCAUGAAGUUUAUGCCGUGGAUGUGCUGAUCAGCACAGGAGAGGGAAAGGCAAGAGAUGGCGGUCAGAGGACAACCAUCUACAAACGGGACCCCAGUAAGCAGUAUGGGCUGAAAAUGAAGACCUCGAGAAUGUUCUUCAGCGAGGUGGAGAGGCGCUUUGACGCUAUGCCCUUCACUCUUAGGGCGUUUGAGGAUGAAGGAAAGGCUCGUUUGGGAGUGGUGGAGUGUGCCAAACAUGAGCUUCUGCAGCCUUUUAGUGUGCUGAAUGAGAAAGAAGGUGAAUUUGUGGCUCAGUUUAAGUUCACAGUGCUGCUGAUGGCCAAUGGGCCUUUGAGAAUCACCAGUGGGCCAUUUGAAGAGGAACUCUACAAGUCUGAAUAUGAUGUUCAAGAUCCUGAACUGAAGUCUCUGAUCCAGAGUUCUGCAAGUCGCAAAGCACAGAAGAAGAAGAAAAAGAAGGCCUCCAAAACUGCAGAGACCGCUACAGGCCAACCAGCUGAGAAUGAAGUUGCAGCUAAAUAGAGGCGACUCAACUCCACCCUCUCCCGAAAACGUCAACAUUUCACUCUCGCCCUACUGUUUAUCCUCAUCAGAUUUGAUCAAGAGUCACUGUUGAAGCCUGUGUUUAAGCAUUUCUGCCUCCCCCUGUUGCGGAGAAAUGUCAUUUAGAUUUGGACUAUAAGCGAGUGCAACAAAUUUGUACUUUCAUGAUGAAUCUAUUAACUCUUUUGAAGCACUCGAUUUACAUUUCAACUGGAACGCAAUGCCUUUUUCAAAAUGUAAUUAAAAAAGCUUCGCAAUUCUUUUGUAGAGUUGCGUUUUUAACAACA